UUAAUAUCUACGUCGUCGGCAUUAGAAAUCACUCACCGUUUUCAAACCGCAAGGCCUGAAGUCAGACAACUUCUCCUCGAAUACCUUUUGCCCUGGCUACACAACAUGGAACUUGUUGAUCCCAACGUACCCCCGGCCAACCCUCUCUUCUAUUAUCAAUUUUAUGCAAAUGAUUUGGGACGUCCUGAAGGAAGAAAGGAGGGAUGGGGCUCAGCCGAGGCUACCGAAAUGGUACUCAACAAUAUUUUUUAUAUAACCGCAAAGUUCGGUGAUAACCAUCCGAAAGAGAUGGAGGCGAUUUGGGCCACCCUCUGCACCUCAUGGCCGAACAACAUGAAAGUUAUCAUCCGUUAUCUCAUCAUUGUAUCAGGAAUGGCCCCUUGCGAAUUACUGCCAUUUGCAAAAAGGGUGGUGCUGUAUUUGGCCCGGGUGCAACCGGCUCGUCUUUUGGACGAAAUGAUGUUUGAACUUCAAACUGUUGAAACGUUAAAUUGUUUGAUUGAACGGACAGAAACGCCCCCUUUUUAUCGUCUGACCGUCAUGAGGAAGGCUUCGAGCCAUUCGGACGGGGGUGGAGUUGCUGGUCAAACAGAUUCAAACAGUCGUAGUGAAGGCAUUGAAAAGGGAACUAUCCAUACGAAACGUCACAGUGGCGAAGAUCCCCUAAAAACGAACAUUUCAAAAUCGGAAUCGGCAAUAAAAGUUUUGGGUGAAUUUCAAUCUCCACGAAGCGAUAAACAAAGAAAUCUUGCCGUCCCCAAUCCUUAUGACGAACCGUCAUCCCCCACGGCUAAUCCUGACUUACAACCCCCCGAAGAUAUGUUCGCGGUCGAUAGACGAAAUAUGCAGGCGGAAAAAUUUGACAUUCCAAUUCCCCAGCCGCAUCCCCUCCCCAUGCCGGAAUAUGGGGGUUAUUUCGCACCCCUGACCGAAUACCUUCCAGACAGUUCGCAACCCAUAUCUGGAUUUCAUAGGGUAGUACAUUUUAGAUGUAACGUUGCCGUUAUGCUUUUGUGCGAUGUGGUGAUCGAUGGUCUGGAACUAGAUUGGACCAUUCAUGUUCCACUGAUGCUACACAUUCUAUUCCUUGGACUGGAUCACACCAAACCCAUCGUUUAUCAGCACUGCAAACAGCUCCUGUUAAACCUGCUGGUUGUCCUAGCCGAGCACAACGAUCAUUUGACCGUUGCACAUAUACUUCUCAAUAGCAAAACUAACCAGCUGGGUCUUGGUCUGCCCAUGCCAUCGUUGCCCAUCGUCCAGCAUGUGUUUACAGAUCCAGAACCCAGUUUCGAUUCUUACAUCAACGGUCCUCCGUCUGCAAGCACCCUUGUUGAUUCUUCGAACGCUCCUAAGGAGGUAACGUCUUCAAACACCAUUGUUUCUUCAGAAAGCAAAGAAAAUAACGCACCGUCGCAAGUUCCCGUUAUAAUAACGUCUGAAAAUCAAUCUCCGUCGUACUCGGGUCAAGAUUCGGGGUCUUGCCUGACAAUCCAAAACGUGAUCAAGUCCCUUAUAGAUUUUGUGGCGACGCGCCAAAAUCAACCCUUGUGGAAUUACGAAGACAUUACAGCUAAAGUGUGGUCAAUUCGUAGUGCCGAACAAAUGGAUGUUUUUCUGCAGCACGUGCUCAGGGUGUUCAGGGAGUCGCUGCCCAGUGCGCACGUGAACGAACGAUGGGCGCAAACUGCCCUUCAACUGGGACUCAGCUGCUCUUCGAGGCAUUACGCAGGACGUUCGUUGCAAAUAUACAGAGCUUUAAGGGUUCCCAUCAGUUCCAGGAUGUUAAGUGAUAUUUUAAGUCGAUUGGUGGAAACUGUUGCAGAACAGGGCGAAGACAUGCAGGGUUACGUCACGGAACUCUUGCUAACUUUGGAAGCGGCUGUUGACUCGUUGGAGUCCGACUUUCGACCUCUUGAUCUUAUGAAGGACUUUUUCAAGUCGACUCCUAAUUUAAAUAACAAAGAGUUGGGUAAAAGGUCGAUAUAUGGUAAUAUGGUACAGGGUGAAGCCGUGCCUCCGUUCUCUUUCCUGAACCAGGGUCACAUUCGAAGUACCAGCUAUUCUGUUUCGUACGGUUUCCGGAAAGCUUCUGGUUCCCCAGCCAGCGAUGGCAAAGAGAUGCGUGCACGGUGCGGAUCGGAGGUGGAGAAAAAUAAAUUCUCUUCCUCCAAUCUGUCACGAAGUCGAUCAGCCCAGAGUUUAAAACUCCUUGGAGAUUCGGCUUCUCAGGAUGACAAAAUGACAAUCCUUGCGCAGUUGUUCUGGCUUUCGGUCUCCCUUCUGGAAUCAGACUACGAACACGAAUUUUUGUUAGCCUUGAGGUUGUUGGCGAGAGUCCUUCACCGCCUCCCAUUGGAUAGACCGGAUGCGAGGGACAAAGUGGAAAAGCUCCAAGUGCAACUAAGGUGGAGUUCCUUUCCGGGGGUUCAUGCCCUUUUACUGAAGGGUUGUACCCAUCCUAACAUAUACGAGCCUGUUGUUUCGCUAUUAUCGCAAUUCACCCCUCUACUCGAUCUCGUGGUGGUCGACCCUUCACAAAGCAUCGCUUUUCCAAUGAACGUGAUCGCAUUGUUACCUUACAUGCUCUUGAAUUACGAAGAUGCCAACGAGUUGUGUAUUCGAAGCGCCGAAAAUAUUGCACAGAUAAGUGUGGAAAAGAGCAAGAAACUGGAAAACUUAGCGACCGUCAUGAAUCUCUACAGUCGUCGAACAUUCAGCAAAGAAAGCUUCCAGUGGACCAAGUGCGUUGUGAAAUACCUCCACGACACUUAUUCCCAUUUAAGUCUGAACAUGCUCGCGUUCCUAAUCGAGAUGUUGGAAAAAGGUCCUUCUAACAUGCAGUUGCCCAUUCUGAAUAUAGUCCAUUGUAUGCUGCAUUACGUCGAUCUGAACUCUGCCUCCGCCCAACCGAUUAAUGCCGAUCUGUUACGCGUGGUCGCCAAGUAUAUCGAAGGGAUGCACUGGAAAGAAGCCCUUAAGAUCUUGAAACUGGUGGUGACACGGUCCAGCACGUUGGUGACGCCUCCUGCGUCUUCCCAACAUACCUAUUGGGAAAGCUCGCUCGUGUCCGCACCUCAUCCAGCAUUCACUGAUAGCGACAUCUUCGUCAAAAAGGAACUUCCAGGGCGUACGAUGGAUUUCACCUUUGAUGUAUCUCAGACACCUGUAAUUGGUAGAAGACUGAUAAACAACAAGACUGAAGAUGGUGUAGACAAAGCGAAACCGGUUGCUUCUCCGAGACGAUCCUGUUCUUUGAGUCCUGCCGAUACAGCCCCACUUUCAGGGUGGAAACGUCCCUGGAUGUCCCAAGGAAGAGUUCGAGAAUGUUUGGUGAAUCUACUGACUGCAUCGGGACAAAGGGUGGGAUUACCCAAGAGCCCGUCUGUCAUCUUCAGUCAAAGUUCGGACCUGAUAGAGCGUCAAUCGAGCAUGGCAUCGAGUACUGAGGAAAUGUCCGCUGCAAAUAAUGACCUCAGCGGGGGUUCGAGGAGGGACGACGCAGCCACCGACUUUGGAGUGUUCAAGGACUUUGACUUUUUGGAAUAUGAGAGCGAAAGCAUUGAGGGUGAAAGUACGGAUAACUUUAACUGGGGUGUUCGUCGACGGCCUUUGAGUGAAGGGGAGGAAGAGUCCCCUAGUAUGCGACUGCUGGAAGAGAGUGUCAGUGAACGUACUCCUGUCAUAACGAUCCGAAAGAGGGUUACCACUGAAGAAUCGUCAGAUGAUGAAAUUGGUUCAGAGUCACCCCUGGACGAAAUUGCAGUCGCUCCAGAGUUUGAGAACAGUUCAGCAGGUGGUAGUGCAGUGUUUCUACCCUCGUCUUUAAGCCUAGGAGAACAUAGGACCCGAAGGGACUCCAGCACUCGAUCAGACACAAGCGGUUCGAGUGCAGGAGAUUUAGGUGAUGUGACACCAUGUAACGCAUCCCCCAACUUGUCCCAGAUGAUCAAUAUUAGACCCAGUACAAGAAAUGAUACCGUUGAGUCCUGGUCCAAUUUCAUUCAGAAUAUGAUGAGCCAAACUCCCACAAAUACCUUGGAAUUAUUCCAUCAGUUGCAACGUCUUAUUCGUUGUAUCUGCACCUCAACCAUCACAAUAACUCGUGAGUCUUGUGCUUUCUUGUCCCAGUCUGCAUCAUCAGGUCUUCCAACGAUAAAAUUAAUAAGUUCACGUCUAAAUUCAAUGAUCGAUAUCCUCACCAACAGGAUCUUACCUAUCCAAUACAUCUGGUUCAAUUCUACGUCUUUAAAUAAUAUUCGUUUAUCUGAAACGUUGCGAUAUGGAAUCCUGGAAGUCCAGGAACAUCUGGAAACAUUGUGUGACAAGAAAUAUCAAGCAACUAUGUAUUCGGAUGCUGUAAAGACGUCUUUGAAAUUGGAAAUGUUAAGUGGUGAACAUCCAGAUUCAAGACACGAAGAAUAUUUACUGGAUCUUGGGAAAGCUCUUUACAAAAUGCAUUUUCAACUGUUGCUGUUAGUCGAAUCAGCGAAUAAGAUGAUUUCCACGUUAAAUGCGACCCUUAAAAGUUCCCAGUUGAGAGACUUUGCAGCAGAACUGGUGUCAGUCAGAAAUGCCCUGAACAGAGCUCUGGAAGAUCGGGAAGCAGACGGUGGUACUCCAACGCCUGUGUGCUCAACUGUGGCAUCACCAGCUUCAGCAAACGUCGACGAAUUAGAAUCCACCCUCUUCGAGCACAUCGUCAAUGAACGGUGGUCUUCAGCAAUUUCCUUCGUCAAACAUCAUCGAGGACAACUGAGUGGAGAAUUGGAUACAGUUCUAGAUAACACUGGGGAUGACCUGGUCCUCAUACUGAACGUCUAUUGCAAGAGGACAGUUGCUGAAAGACCAGAGUGUUUCGUAAUUACAAAUCCUGAUAAUGAUUUGUCAGACGUUUUUGGACGCCUGUUCCAAGUUUCAGCAGCAGUGUCUGACCUGGAGGGUAUUGUGAAAACCAAAGAACCAGAAAAUGGAACAUGUACUCCACAGAAAAACUGACUAUGACGUCGUCUCUCCUGCUUCUCUCUAUGUUUUUGUUAACCGUGGUAACAAAACGUAGCUUUUUAAGGUUUAUUAUACUAAUUAUUUAUUAUAUCUGUAUACAUAUUACGCUGAUUUAUUUGUUAUAUCUUUUUAUUAUUCCUACUCAAUAAACUACAAGUAUAUAUGCAUGUA